AUGGUGGGCCAGGGGGAAGUCGAGGACUUCAUAUCCGUGACGGGCGCUUCGAGCGAGGCGGCCGAGCGAGUGAUCGAGCUCUGCGGCGGCGACCUGGGCCAGGCGAUAUCACUUUGGUUUUCGGACGAGGACCUCCAGCGGGCUCUCGUGGCGCCGCCGGUUCCCGAGACCGGCCCUGACGCCCAGGGCGUCAUCCACAUAAAUUCGGAUGACGACGGCGACGAUGCCCUCAUGACCGACAACGACUCGCUGGACGCCUACGAGUCGGACGGCACCGCAGGUGCCGCCAACAUUGCCCGCACCGCACAAGAGGAGGAGGACGCUGCUAUGGCCAAGCGCCUGCAAGAGGAGCUCUACUCGGGCGGAGCCGGCGGAGCCGCCGCCGCCGACGACGGCGUGCGUGCCCCCAUGGCCCGCAUCACCGAGACAUUGAUCGACGCUGGUGCCUCGUAUGUCGUCGACGACGACGACGACGAUCACAUGCACGAUGCCCUUCUUGAGCAGAUGCGGAGAAGACGUCGGGAGCAAGCUGCUCGACCCAACCCCUUUGCGCAGUCGAUGUGGGAGAACGGGUCCUCGGCCAGCUCUGCCUCGCCCGCCAUCGGUUCGGGAAACAGCCGCGCGACCCGCCUGGCGGAGCUGUUCCGCCCUCCUUACGAUUUAAUAUCCCACAUGGGCUGGGACGAGGCCCGCGACAAGGGGAAGGACGAGAAGAAGUGGAUUCUAGUCAACCUCCAGGACAUGGCCGACUUCAACUGCCAGGCCUUGAACCGCGAUAUCUGGAAGGACGAGACGGUAAGGUCUCUUGUUACCGAAAACUUCAUCUUCUUGCAGUACGAAACGAACGACCCGAUUGCGGGCCAGUACAUCUCGUUCUACUUCCCUAACCAGUCACACGAAAACCCGAACAACUACCCGCAUGUGUCCAUCAUCGAUCCCCGCACCGGCGAGCAGGUCAAGGUCUGGAGCGGCAUCCCGUUUCCCAACCCGGCCGACUUCCAGUCUCAGCUCAUGGAGUUUCUGGAACGGUACAGCCUUGCUGCGAACAGCAAGAACCCGGUUUCAAAGGCGAAGCGCCCCGAGCGUGUGGUUGACGUGGACCGCAUGACAGAGGAGGAGAUGCUCGAGCUGGCCAUGCAGAACAGUCUCGCUAACGGCGGGCCUAGCGUGCCUGACGUUAUCGACCCUGACGAGCUGACCAAGUCGGGCCGCGACGCGUCUUCGGACAAGGGAAAGGAGCGAGCCGGCUCGGAGUCGCUCUCGGCUACCCCCGAGCCACAGCAGUCGGCGUUUGCCAGGAUCCCAUCCGGCCGCCCACACGUCGAGCCACAGGCCGAUCCCAAGACGACGACGCGCAUCCAAGUCCGCAACCCGCCUCAGCGCAUUAUCCGCCGAUUCCGUCUAGACGAGCCCGUCUCUCGCAUCUACGAGUGGCUCAAGGCAGAGCCGCUGGAGGGCAAGGAGGGAGUGGAGUUUGAGCUCAAGUCGAUGCCUCAGGGCGCGGACCUGAUAGAGCAGCUCGACAAGACGAUCCAGGAGGCCGGCCUAGCUAACGCCACCGUCAUGAUCGAGUUUAUCACGGAGUGA